AUAUCUUAUCAUCGGUGUUAUCUUAUUACUCAGGUCUCACACACUUACUUGUUGUAUGUUUGUCAGUAUCAUUGCAAGUGUCUACUUGUAAGCUGAUUUACUAGUUGUUCUCAAACAGUGCACCACACCUUGUCUUGUGGCAUCAUGAUGCGACCGAAGGUGAUGAACUUAAUUCAAAAAUUCGAGAAGUUAUCAAACGACAUGGUGAAACCCAAACCACCUGUGGUGCGACAAAAGUCAAUACCAGCUUAUGUGGAGCCGCUUGAGGUACCGCCGGUCAACCCGGUUCAAUCCGGUUGGAAUCAUAAACCUCUCGUGGAAAUUGAGAACAGAAUCAGGCGGCUGAAGAAGUCACUGAAGCAAAUUGUUCCAGGAGAUGAGAAAAUGGUCCUGGCUGAGUUCGUGGAAAUGCUGGAUUUGCUCAUUCAACUCAGUAGUAUCGAUACGGACGGUUUGAAGGCGUUGAAAGUGAAGAAGGACUGCUGUUUGGCGGAGCUGAAGCAGGCGAAAAACGAUUUGACAGAAUUGAUAGCAAGCGACGGUAAUGCGCUGAGUGGACCUAUGCAAGUAUUACGAAGCAAUUCUACUGCAAUUGACGCUGCAGACUCCGACGAUGACUCAUCACCAAUUCGUAAUGCCCAAAUGGAUAAUCCUGAUGAUAACGCGUUCAUAAAAACAGGUGUGGUUAAUUCUAUGACUAAACAAUUUGAAAGCGACCACGAUAUCAGCGCUUCCAGCACGAAGUCAAAAAGCGACACCAACAUUACUUCAAAUUUAAACCACGUAGAAACUACUUCAGAUGUAGAAUGCGAACCUACCGAGUGCAACAAUACGCGUCAAAUUUCCCAGCAUGAUUUAAGCAGCGAACUCGCCUACUACAAGGAUGUGGUACCUUCUUUGGAUCCGGAAGAUUUUAUCAAAAUUGAAUCCAUCAAAGAGCAUCUACAAAAACUGAUGAUUUCAGCUGAGAGUUGCAAUGAAAUCCAAGAAGAACUGGCAAAGUUAUUGGAACAAAUUGAAGUUCUGUGCGCCGCAGUGCCCCAAAUUGAUGAAAACACAUCUCCAAUUAGUGAAACUUCUUUUGAGGAUGCCUCCGAGUCAAACACGAGUACAUUAUUGGAUUUACAAACACGGUGCCAGGAAUUUCUGCGUUCCGAACAAGCCUAUGUUGAUGUAAAAUGUCAAAAGUUACCCGAAAUUAUUGAUAAUGAUACUGAUAACAGGACAGGAGAUAAUAUUCAAGUGUUAGAUAUUAAUAUUCCAGGAAAUAAUCGCUUAACCGAGUCUAUGGUUAUGAUCGAAACAUAUAAGAUAAAAAUACAGGACUAUUUGAAGCUUCCUGAUAUCGAAUUGUUGGAAAAGGAAGGCCUUAUCGAGGAAAACAUUACAGCCAUUACUAAUUUCUCCCCCCACCCAAUUGUUGCACAGCAACUGGAAGAACUUCUAAGCAGUUAUAAAGAGCUGCUCAACUUUAUUAUGGAGACAAAAUUUUUGACGAUUUUUAAUGAAACCAUUGAUGACGAUAGCCCGAACAGUGAAAUUCCAGUAAAUAUUGAUACGUUCCAUGCACUAUGUGCGGAAAUUCGCAAUUAUUAUCCGCACAUUGAAAGGCUUCCGGAAUCGUCACCGGCACAGAUCGAAGUGCUUAAGGACAACUUAUUGCAGGUGACUGAAGAAAUAUUCAAUUUUGAUGUGAGUUUCAGUGAAGAGUUAAACAUAACAAAAGAGAAGGCUUUAAAAGAAUUAGAUUCCAUGCUUAGUAAAUUAAUGUAAAUUGUUACGCCGAUUGUCAAUGUAUAUUAUUUUUUUGUUAUACCAAAUAUUAAUUAAAGGUACGGGUUUGCGGGUUAAA